AUGAUUCCUGUUUUGCGCUCGAUUGAUGGUCUUCUCAAUCGUUUUGAUGAAUUAUCACAACGUCAUGCCAGUUUUGUAUCAAAUUUUGAGACAAGUUUUACUGGUAUUGAAAACCCUUUACGUGAUGUUGCACGUGAUGAAGAAGAGCAACGAAAAACUGCUGAAAGUGUAUUAAAGGCAUCAACGGAAAAGGGUGAUCAAAUAGGAUCAUUUGGAACUGUUGAAGAUUUUAAUAAUCGGAUAACAAAAAGUCGAUCUCAUAAUCGACCACCAAGUUAUUCAUCGAAUGACACUAGUUCAUUUUAUAAUCGUAUUCCAUCUAGAAGUUCUUGGGCAACAGCAGAAUCAGCUUCACCUCCACGCAUAUCAACAUUAAGAACAAGACCAGUAACAGUCGAAACAAAUACUUCUCAAUCAGUUACAUCUAUUUCGACUGAGAAUCGUUUUGAACCAAAGAUUCGAUUAACGACUAAGAUUAAACCAAAAUUUGUACCACAAAAUUUACCUACAACACGUCGAUAUGCUCAUAGUCCAAUCACAACAUUUACUAUGGAAACUGCUAUUCGACUUUCAAGACCAAGAACAUAUCAUCAAUCAGUUGAUCACAAAGAACCAUCAAAACGUAUUUAUCGACGACCAAAAUCUCAUCAAAAUAUAAAGAAUGAAGCAUCGGAAUCAUCAGUGACAUCAGUUUCAUUCGUUCCAUCAUUGGAAUCAGCCCAAACCAAACGAACUAAUCCAAGAAUAAUAAAAUCAUCUCCGAAAAAACUUAAAGCAGAUAAUAGAUUUGUAACAGAUAAUUCGAAAAGAAUUCCGAUGAGCAACUAUCCUCGGCCAGCUAUCUUUCUUGCACCUCCUCCUACAAUAUGCAUUACUUUUCCUAUGCAACCGGAAUUACAAUCAUCUCGAGUUGUUAUCAUACCGAAAGCAACAACUACACAAAAAACAAUUAAUGUAUUUACUAAGAAAAGAUCUGUGAUACCACCGAAACGAUUGAUGCAAUUAAUGGCAUGA